AUGCCUGCUUCGACGACAGCAAACCCAGAAGCCGAGCGGCCGCUCCUCGCGAACGAUGAGCGUGAUGCGCCUGCAGCAGCAGCCGGCUACGGCACGAGUACGCCGCCAGCGGAACGCAGCACCUUCACGCGCAACCUCGGUGCCGUCGAGGCCUUCGGCAUCGUCGUCAGCAUCGUCAUCGGCAGCGGUGUCUUCACGUCCCCUGGCGCAAUUGACACGAAUGUACCCUCUCCUGGCGCCGCAUUAGUCACCUGGCUUCUCGGUGGUGUCCUGGCUUGGACCGGUGCUACGACGCUCGCCGAGUUGGGCACCGCGAUUCCUGGCGAAGGUGGCAUUCAGCCUUACCUCCAGUACAUCUUUGGUGAUGUCUUUGGCUUUCUCGCCGCCUGGACAUGGAUUGUCGCCGUCAUGCCUGCAACGCUGGCGAUCCUGAGCAUCGUUUUUGUUGAGAGCGUCUACUCGUCAGCUGGCAUCACUGAUGGAGCCGGUCGCAUUGAGCAUAAGCUGCUGUCGAUCCUCGUGCUCCUCGUCAUGAGCGGUGCCAACAUGAUUAGCACCAAGGCUAGCACGCGCCUCAACAACUUCUUCGUCGUGACCAAGUUCCUAAGCAUAUUCGUCGUAGUCGUCGCGGGCCUUGUGGUCGUUGUCCUCCAGGUCGCUAACCGGGAAAGGAAGGAUGUCGGGGGUCGAGACUGGUUCGACAGGCCUUGGUUCGAGCACCGCGAGACAGUCAACCCCGACGGGAGCAGGACGGACUGGGAUGCCAUUGGGAGCUGGGAGCUGCUGGGACACUACUCGGCUGCGCUGUAUGGUGCUCUUUGGGCGUACUCUGGCUGGGACAAGGCCAUUUACGUUUCGGCAGAGCUCAAGUCUCCUGCCAAACAGUUGCCUCUAGCAAUCAACUCGGCCAUUCCCACUAUCAUCAUCAGUUUCCUCGCGGCGAAUACCGCCUACUAUAUACUUCUCCCAUGGGCUGUGGUUUCCACGACGGACAGCGUCGCUGUGACCUCUCUCACACGUCUUCUCGGCCGCGGCUUUGGCAUCGCCGCUGCAGCUCUCAUCUGCCUCGUUGUAGCUGGCUCCCUUCUCGGCAACUCUUUUGUCGCGAGCCGUAUGGCUGUCGCCGCUGCCAACAAGAGCUGGUUCCCGCGCUUGUUCACGUACGUCGGCCGCGUUGGUCUCAAGCCAUCGAACAGCACCGAGCCUGCGACGUCCGACGCGCCCAUCAAUGCGAUUAUUCUGUCAGCCAUUCUGGCGGCUGUGUAUAUCCUCCUUGGAAACUUCCGAGCGUUGCUCACGUUCAAUGGACUUGGCGAGUAUACGUUCUUCUUCUUGACCGUGCUGGGAGCCAUCAUCUUGCGAUGGAGAGAGCCUGGGCUGGAGAGGCCGUACAAGCCGUUUGUCGUGGUGCCGGUCAUUUUUGCCAUUGUCAGUGGAUUCGUCGUUGUUAGAGGUGCUGCGUUUGCGCCUGUCCAAGCCGGCGUGCUUGUUGGCGUGUGGGCGCUGGGUCUUGCGUUCUACUGGGUUAAGAAGAGGUGGUUUGAUGGCAGGAACGCCUAG